UUAUGUUGACUCAUGAACACAUUGCUUCAUUUUCGCUGUUUUCGAAAACAGGGUGUUCUUUCUUCCUUUGAAGAAAACCAAAUCAGUUUCAGCUUAUCCGGAAGCACCAUUUUAGCCACUUUCAUAUAUCAUUUGUGGUUUCUAAUUCUGCCGCUUGAUGUCCAGUCAAGGAGAAUUCCGUGUGGCUAUUUAUGCCAGUGAAUACAAGCAAAUUUGCGCUUGGGUCUUAAAAGAGCGAAGUUUAGAAACCGGCGGAGAUCUGUUCGGGCUUUGGAACAAUGAUCACACUGCAGUGAUCCAGCUCGUUUUGGGGCCUGGCAAAGAUUGUCAAAGGACUUCGGGUUCGUUUUACCAAGAUGUGAAUUACUUGGAGAAGGUUGGCUCCCAUUUGACUAGCAAGGAAGGGCUCUGUCACAUUGGUGAGUGGCAUUCUCAUCACACAAUUGGUCUUAAACGACCAAGUGGCGGAGAUGAACGAACGGUUUGGACAAACAUGCCUAAAUAUGGGCUGAGUCGCUUUCUACUGUUCAUUGCAAACAUUGAAAACCGAGAUUUAUCCGCCAGCGCAGGAUGCUUCCUGUUCGAAUUCGAGAAGAAUACCAAUAAGAGGAAGCCGGUUCGGCAGGGAAAAUUCGUUUUAUUGCAAAAUGAAAGCCCCUUCCGUUCAAGGUGUCAUGAUGUUUUAGCGGAAGAUGCAGAGUGUCUGAACCAGGAGGAAAAAGUGGGUUUACUAGAAUUGUCCAAGAAGGCUAUCUCCGUGCCCAAAGAGCGGCCUGUAGUUACACAAAGGCAGCCAUUUGAUGAAGAACGGGGCGGUGGCAAUGAAGAUGAUAAAGAAUUCACGGUGGCCAUUUAUGUCAGCGAGUACAAGCAAAUUUGUGCUUGGGUUUUCAAAAAUCAAGAUCUUGAGACGGGUGGAGAUUUGUUCGGUCUGUGGUACGAUGAUUACACGGCAGUGGUCCAGUUCGUGUUGGGUCCCGGUACAAAUUGUCAGAGAACUACCACCUCAUUCUUCCAAGACGUGGAGUACUUAGAGAAGGUUGGCUCUCAUUUGACUGGUAAGGAAGGACUUUGCCAUAUUGGCGAAUGGCAUUCCCAUCAUAAAAUCGGCCUCAAGCAACCGAGUAACGGAGAUAAACGAACAGUGUGGACAAACAUGCCUAAAUAUGGGUUGAGUCGCUUUUUGUUGUUCAUUGCCAAUUUUGAAACACACGAGAGUACAUAUGACUCGGUGAGUGUCGGCUGUUUUUUAUUCAAAGAGAGCAAAACCAGUCAUCGAAAGUUGUUUUCAGGAAGAUUUAAGCUCUUGCCAACAGAGAGCCCUUUCCGCUCUAAAUGUGUACGCAACCCAAGCUUAAUAGAAGGGGCAGAGGGUCUCAAUGAAAAUAAAGAAAUAAAUUCUCUGGACGAAGUUGUCACAGGUUCAAGUGAGAUGAAAGAAGAUGGCGAGCGACCCUUAAUGGUUCGUGACGAGUCAAAAAACCUGACUGCCAAGCAGUAUCCAGCAGAAAGUCUUAAUGAAAGUAACGAAAUAAAUUCUCUGAACAAAGUUAUCACUGCCUCAAGUGAGAUGCAAGAAGAUGUCAAGCGACCCUUGAUGGUUCGUGAAGAGUCAAAAAACCCGGCCGCCAAGCACUGCACAGCAGAGGGUCUUAAUGAAAGUAACGAAAUAAAUUCUUCGGAAGAAGUUGUUAGUGGCUCCAGUGAGGAGCAAGAAGAUGUCAUGCAACCCUUGAUGGUUCGUGACGAGUCAAAAAACCCGGCGGCCGAGCAGUAUCCAGCAGAAAGUCUUAAUGAAAGUAACGAAAUAAAUUCUCUGAACAAAGUUAUCACUGCCUCAAGUGAGAUGCAAGAAGAUGUCAAGCGACCCUUGAUGGUUCGUGAAGAGUCAAAAAACCCGGCCGCCAAGCACUGCACAGCAGAGGGUCUUAAUGAAAGUAACGAAAUAAAUUCUUCGGAAGAAGUUGUUAGUGGCUCCAGUGAGGAGCAAGAAGAUGUCAUGCAACCCUUGAUGGUUCGUGAAGAGUCAAAAAACCCGGCCGCCGAGCACUGUACAGCAGGAGGUCUCAAUGAAAGUAGCGAAAUAAAUUCUCCGGAAGAAGUUGUUAGCGGCUACAGGGAGGAGCGAGAUGUCAAGCAACCCUUGAUGGUUCGUGACGAGUCAAAAACCCCGGCCACCAAGUGCUGCAAAUGCUGCUCAGUAAUGUAGAUCAUAGGAAAGAAGUUGAUACGAUGUACUGAUACAGAUCAAGCUGAAUUUUUUCUUCAGUACAGAUAGAAAUUUUUAGUCAGUUUAUAAUAACCUGCUUAAUCGUAACUCCAAGGGAAAUUUAGUUAGUAUGAAUGGAAGCAAACAGCAUGUAGCUACGUUUUGGUUUGCUCUGUUCAUUGUGAUACUUAGUGCUUUUCUUAAUGUUCCAAAAGUUGAUUUGGCCAUUCACGCUUCCGGAUAAAAAGUUCCUGUUUGAAUAUUCAAACAGAUGAAAUCUGUGAUGACCUGGCCCAGACUUCGGCCGGGAAUGUAUAUCGUCUAUUGUGGCCUGUUUCAAGUUUUCAAUCUCCCAAAUAAAAUUCAGUCGGUUCCAUGAUACUUAAAAUAACGUGUCUCAUUUACCUCAUUUACUGAUUUAUUCAACUACUAAAUCCUGUGUGGUUUUUUUUUAUUUUGUUACGCUGUUUGUUUCUCUAGAACAAAUACAGUUAUAGACUUAUUCACCUGAAUCCAACAAUAUUCGAAAACACGUUGUCAUACAGCCUAAGUACUACCAUGCGAGAUCAGCUGUGGUGCUCAGUGUUUUGAAGGGAAUGAUCGAUGUAUCAUCAUUGAGCUGAAUAAUGAUGCUUCAGAUCCUAAUUUUGUGGUCGUUUAUGCCUGCGUCGUGAGAAUGAUAGGGAACAAUGACUCUCUUUUGGAUAGAGAGAUCUUCACUUUAAGUUUCGUCUUACCUAACCUGCUCCUCCUUCCCUACUCUUUUUACCGAAUGGGGUUUUUGAGUGAUCGAAGAUGAUAGAUAUCAUAAGUUCCUCUGCGGUUAAACAAAACCCUUUCCCUCGCAAACUUUCGUGCGAGCUUAAAGCUCGCAGGUCUAAUCAGAGGCGAGAUUGGAGACCCGCAAAAGUAUUCCUCAACGCUGCCCAAGAGAGCGAGCCAAGUAUACUCCCAAUGAAAAAGGGGGAAAGAAGCGAGGAGAUGGAAUACUUGCCUCCGACCGUUGUGGUUCGGGUCAGAUUCCUUGCUCUCUUAAAUUCUUACUUAAAUUCCAUCGGGCACUCCU